AACAGGAAGCAGCUCAGAAACUCUCCAUGAACAGGGGGAACCAAACCAGAGACACAGAACAGAGAAUCAGGCUCAGAGCAAGUUGAAGUGGGCAGAAAUUCUAAAGGCUGCAAGGCAGAGAGCCAUCCAGACUUGAGAAGCAGGCAACAAGAUGUUGGGAAGCAGAGCUGUGAUGCUGCUAUUGCUGCUGCCCUGGACUCUUCAGGGUCGGGCUAUGCCUGGGGGCAGCAGCCCUGCCUGGGCCCAAGGCCAGCAGCUCUCACAGAAGCUCUGCACUCUGGCCUGGAGUGCACAUCCACCUGUGGGACACAUGGAUCUACUUAGAGAAGAGGGAGAUGAAGAGACUACAAAUGAUGUUCCCCAUAUCCAGUGUGAGGAUGGUUGUGAUCCCCAAGGACUCAAGGACAACAGUCAGUUCUGCUUGCAAAGGAUUCACCAAGCUCUGCUUUUUUAUGAGAAGCUACUAGGAUCAGAUAUUUUCACAGGGGAGCCUCCUCUGCUCCCUGAUGGCCCUGUGGGCCAGCUUCAUGCCUCUCUACUGGGUCUCAGCCAACUCCUGCAGCCUGAAGGUCACCACUGGGAGCCUCAGCACACUCCAAGCCCCAUUCGUAGCAAACCAUGGCAGCGUCUCCUUCUCCACUUCAAGAUCCUUCGCAGCCUCCAGGCCUUUGUGGCUGUAGCUGCCCGGGUCUUUGCCCAUGGAGCAGCAACCCUGAGUCCCUGAAGCCAGCAGCUUAAGGAUGGCACUCAGAUUUCCAUGGCUCAGCAAUGCCAAGAUAAAACCUACCAUCCCAGACCCCUGUGAGCCAACCAGUUAAUUAGUCCAUUAACUAUAAUAGGACUUGCAUAUUUGAAAAAUUACCAAUACUGACUGACUUAUGAUGCUGACAAGGUUGAAUAUUUAUUAGAUGGGAAGGGAAAUUUUGGGAUUAUUUAUCCCAAUGGGAGCAGUUUGGGGAGGAGGAUUAUUUAUUAUAUUUAUUCUGGAUGGUGUAUUUUUUUCAAUAAAGAUUUAUUUAUGUGGCUAAAAAAAAAAAAAA